UUACAUUUGUAGCAAUAUGAGAAACUACAAGAGGAGGUAUCACUACUUAAAUCACUACGUCAUGAAAAUAUAGUCAGGUAUAUUGGUACAUGCUUAGAUGAAAACUUUGUGGUCAACAUAUUUAUGGAGUAUGUCCCUGGUGGAUCAAUUGCACAGGCAUUGAAGCGAUUUGGUGGUACUUUUGUAGAACCUGUUUUUCGCCGUUAUACCAGGCAGAUAUUAUGUGGUGUAGAGUACCUCCAUGUCAACAAUGUUGUACACAGGGACAUCAAGGGAGGAAAUAUCAUGCUUAUGCCAAAUGGUGUCAUCAAACUGAUUGACUUUGGUUGUGCUAAGAGACUCUGCAUGAAUUUAAGCCUGAGCAGGAGUAGUAUGCUGAAUUCCAUYAAAGGAACUCCAUAUUGGAUGGCACCAGAGGUCAUCAAGGAGACWGGGGCUGGUACCAAGUCUGAUAUAUGGAGCAUUGGAUGUACUGUAUUYGAAAUGGCCACWGGUAGCCCACCAUGGUCUGAAAUGCAACCAAUGGCAGCCAUCUUCUCCAUUGGCAAUGGUUCUACAGUACCUCGGCUUGGUGAAUCAUUUUCACAGCUUGCAAGGGAUUUCACCACAGCUUGUAUGACAAG